AUGUCGACAGUCACAGUGGAACAUCCUUCCAUCGGGUCGGUCAAGGGCCGUGAGGGCGACGGGGUGUAUCAAUUCCUCGGGGUCCAGUAUGCCACCCUCGCCGACAGGCUUGCGGAAGCUCAAGUCAAAUCAACAUACGAAAGUCCAGUCGAUGCCACAAGUCACGGGCCCUCCUCGUUCUCUCCCCCGAACGGAUACGACAAUGAGAUGCUGUUUAUCCAGAAAUCGAUGCCGAAGCCACCCAUUGUGCAUUCGGACUUGGGGUGCUUGAAUCUCAACAUCACGGUGCCGAAAGGCCAGAGUGGCGUCGUCGAUCUCACACGGCAGAAGCUGCCCGUGUUUAUCUGGAUGCACGGUGGAGGCUUCGUGGUCGGGGCAAACUCCUGGCCGCACUACGACCACGCCAAACUCGUCAAGCUGGCCCGUGACAAUGGAGUUCCUGUGAUCGGUGUGGGCAUCAACUUCCGCCUCGGUUUUCCAGGCAUGUUGACUUCAGAGGAGUUGCGCCAGCGGGGGUACAAGCCCAACAACGGACUUCGUGACCAGCAAGCUGCUUUCCGUUGGGUCAAGCAGCACAUUGCCGGGUUUGGCGGCGAUCCGAACAAGAUCACCGUGAUAGGCGAGAGUGCCGGAGCAGUCGCGACCACGUUGCAUCUCUAUUCCAAGGAGGCGCUCUUCAACCGCGCGAUAGCCACGGGGGGCUCUUGUCUUCUCGUGCCCGUGUUCCCUCCAGAGGUCCAAGAACACACGUACCAGCAGCUUCUCUCCAUUCUGGGGCUGGACAAGCUCGAUGCGGAAGAACGGAUCCAAAAACUCUUGACGCUGCCGAUGGACGAGGUGAUCGCGAAACUGCCGCCGUCUGUCACAUUCUUACCUACAGUGGACGGGGACAUUAUUCCCGUACAGCCGACAUUUGCAGAGGUCGCCGAUAGAACAGAUCAGAGCAUGCCCGGCAAGCAGUGGUUGGAAGCUUUGAUGAUCGGACACAGCGAAUUUGAUGCCUCCGUGCUUGGGUUCAUGCUGGGCCACCUGAAAUCCGGGAUCCGGGAAAAGUUCCCGGCGUCCCUCCGAUCCUCUCUCUCAGCCACGCCCGAGAUUGCAGAGUCCCUGCUGGCCGCCUACGGCUUCAACGACUCGACGCUGGACGACGACGAAGCCGCGUUCGUGAAAUUCCUCGAGCUGGUCAACGACAUCAGCUUCUUCGGCGCGACCACGAGCUUCGCCCGCGGCUGGCCCCUCUCGCCCGCCGCCGAACCCAAGAUCUUCCCCUUCUUCUUCAACGAGCCCAACCCCUGGCCGGGCGCCUACCCCGGCCGGGCGACCCACGUGCUCGACGUCGUGUUCCUGUUCCAGAACCACAACCAGAACCUGCCGCCCGCGCAACGGGCCGCCGCCGAGGCGUUCGGGUUGGACGUGGUCCGGUUUGUGGCCGGGCAGGCGCCGUGGGCCGGGUACACGCCCGAGAAGAGGGCCGCGAAGGUGUUCGGCCCGUCCACGGGCAACGAAGCUCGGGCGACGGCGAGGGUGAUUGAGGACGCGGAAGCCCCGGAGACGGGGCGAGGCAAGGCGAUCUUGGACAUUGGGGACAAGGUGGGGUUUGACAAGUUGAACGAGGCGGUAGGCAGGUUCAGGAUGGGUCUCUGA